GGUCAAAGUGGUAACUGGGGAUCUGAGCUUGGCGGUGACGCGCGGCCAUCACGUGACCAGAGCCUGUGUCUGCCCAAGUCCCUCUCGUCGUGGUCCUUUUUCCCUGUCCAGACACCAUCUUCCUAUUGCCCUUUGGUCGAGGGGAAAAACAGAAGGAACUCCGCAGGUCACAGCGGGGCACCUGGAGGAGAGGAUGCCUAGGAGCCAGCCGCCGGGAGAGGUCCAGGUCGGGACCAUCCUGAACAUGGAAAAAGCCUGCCAAGAGCCUGAGGAGCAGCCACAGAGCUCGCCCAAGGCGGAGGAGGAGCGGCCUCCUGUGGAACACUCUCCCGAAAAGUCGUCUCCGGAGGAGCCGUCUUCGGAGGAGCAAUCCUCGGAGGAGGAGUUCUUUCCUGAGGAACUCCUUCCUGAGCUCCUUCCUGAGAUGCUCGUGUCCGAGGAGCGCCCUCCUCAGGAACGCCUGUCUAGGAAGGACCUUUUUGAGGAGCGCCCUCCCAUGGAGCAGCCUCCUUGCGGAGUGGGCAAACAUAAGCUAGAAGAGGGAAGCUUUAAAGAGAGGCUGGCUCGCUCCCGCCCGCAAUUUAGAGGGGACAUACACGGCAGAAAUUUAAGCAAUGAGGAGAUGAUAAAGGUAGCAGAGGAGAUGGAAGAGAUGAAGCGAGUACGAAACAAAUUGAUGGUCAUGCAUUGGAAGGCAAGGCGGAACCGUCCUUAUCCUAUUUAAUGUGUUCGGCCUUUAAUUCUGUUUUGCCUGGUAUGAGUAUUAUCACCUGACCUUUGUUUGCUUUUUCACAUAUACCUUACCCCGUCUUCCUAAUCUUAACUUUGCAUGGCUUCAUUUGAGGUGUUUCGCUUGUAACUGGCAUAAAAUUGCCCCCCCAUCUGCAAGUCCCCCUCUUUCAAUCAUAAGUCUUCUCCAUUUGCAUGGGAAAGAUGUACAUUAUAUAUUAUGAAGUGAAAAAAGCAAUUUUCAGAAAGUGUAUGUAGUAUCCCCUUUUUGUAAAAAAGUAUAUUUAUAUAUUAAUAUGAAAUGAAAAAACUGAAAGUAUAUACUUCAAAGGCUUAACAGUGGCUAUCUGUGGUAAGAUAACAGGUGACUUGUUUGUUUUUCAUUUUUGCUGCAUCUGAAUUUCUCAUUUUUUCAAGAUGAACACAUUUUACAUGUGUUGCAAAAAAACCCCAAUAUAAUAGAAAAAUUGUAAAGCAAUUUAAAAAUAAUGUCAAUCAGCUUAUAAAGAUAAUGUGGCACUUAAUAAAUACUUGACAGAA